CCCAAUCAGUCGUUCCAGUACCACCUUAUGGCGAGCGGACGUUGCCGCAUCCUCAAUAAACCUAGUUUUUCUUCACCAGGCGCUGUUGCAGUACCGCAUUUCACCGUGCAACUACUACACCCAAGAGAAAUAGUGUCACGACUGUCACGUUGAUUCACUCACACUCGACAAACAUUAGGAAUAAUACACCAUACGCUCAACAUUUGUUUGUUUUCUUUAGUCUAAGUUAGUGUUUGUGCCAUAGGAACAUAGUCUAAUAAUUUAUUAAACGAUGGGUAACAUAGUGUAUUCAAUAAUUUGGUUAAUAAUCUUAAUAUUCCUGUCCUUCUUUGUUGCUGCCUUCUGUGCUGGUUUCUAUAUCCUGUUCCACUGUCUUUCAGUUUGUAUACCACCUCUUCAGGGACUAGCAGAUUUAUUACUACAAGGCGUACAGUUUCCACAUUACUGCGCUGAGAAGAUGAUGUCCGGAGGACCUAUACCAUAAAUCUAAUU